CUCUAACCUUCAUUGUGUGCUAUGUCAAAGAACUAUGUUAUAUUUCAAGGAGAGCAGAUGGUUCCCAACAAGGCCAAGGCAAAGUUGGAGGAUAUGUCUUAUCUCAAGAAGCUAAUGUUAUGCACUUGGAAGUUGAAGAGUUCUUAUGAUCACGCAGCUUGCUUCUUAGUGGCUGCUGGAGGUGAUGCUUAAAAGUAAUUUGCUUUCUAGAGUUAAUUUUUUUGGUUGGCCAGUCAGGGAGUUUUGCAAGAAUCAGAAUCAUGUUGUUGACUCAGAAACAUUAUGGUGCAAUGAGCAUCUAGGUGUCUGCAAACUUAAUUAUCUGUUCUCAAUAUGUAUAUAGGCUGCUUCAUGGAAUAACUUUGACAUUGGUUGAAAUUUCCUCAUUUUGUUGCUCUUGUUCUGUCUAAGAAUUGCUUUAUGUUAUGACACUUUUUGAGGUUUUUUUUUUUUUUUUUGGGGGUAUAAGAUACAUUAUUUUGGUUAGAACUAUCAAUGUUGCAGUGAUGCUCAUAUAAUUACAUGCGUGAGCAGAACUCUAUAUUUAUGUUCAUGUCUUGUAUGUAUCCUGGAUGCGUAGCAGACAGCCAUCGACGUGCUUUGUGAAUCAUGUCUCUAGCCACUCCAAUGGAGAUUGUUAUUAAGAUGCAAUAUAUAUUCAAUGACAUUUUGCCAAUGACCUGAGGCAAUUUUGGAUAUGGUAAUUAGUUUCUCUUCCCCUCACAAAAAAAGAGCAGAAACUUGGUUUGCUCCUUUCAUCAUUUGCCAAUUGUUUUCUUAGCUCUUAGUCUGGCUACUGUUUGUAAACCAGCUUAAGAAAGUCAUAAAAUGUGAAUCAUUUCUCUAGCCACACCAAUAGAGAUAAUUGUUAAGAUGCAAUAUAUAUUCAAUGACAUUUGCCAAUGACCUGAGGCUUUUUGGGAUAUUGUAAUUAGUUUCUCUUCCUUUAAGAAAAAAGGGCAGAAAUUUGGCUGCCUCCUUUCAUCCUUCGCCAAUUGUUUGUCUUAGCUCUUAGUCUGGCUACUGUAUGUAAACCACCAUGAGAGACUCAUAAAAGAACAUUUCAAAAUUGAAAUAAUGUAAAAUAAACAGGGUGUAACCUG